CUGUUCUGUAUCGUCCUUUCGCGACCAGCUCUUCAGUGUGACAGGCCGGGCUCAGCGCUGCUCUAUCCGCCAUGGAGGCUUCUUUAAGUAGUUGACGUUGACUUCACCUCCUUCUUCUCUCUGCGUUUCUCUAGGGUUUCCUUCUUCCCAUCCUUCCACCUUUUAUAUACAUUUUUUUUUCCACUCGUGUGUGGAUCGUGGUGAGAAGAGUCACGCCAUGAAGAUCAUCGUGGGCAUUGGCGGUGUAACCAACGGUGGGAAGACCACUCUGACCAACAGGUUGAUAAAGUCUCUACCCAACUGCUGUGUUGUGCAUCAAGAUGACUUCUUUAAGCCUCAGGACCAGAUCAAAGUUGAAGACGGGUUUAAGCAGUAUGAUGUGAUAAGUGCAUUGGAUAUUGAAGCCAUGGUUGAAACCAUUACAGCCUGGAAAAAGGAUCCUGUGAAGUUUGAGCGAUCUCAUGGUGUUAACAACAGUCUAGAUAGUGAGACCUCUGACGGAAUUGAGGAGCCGGACACUUGUCAUAUCCUAAUUGUGGAGGGUUUUCUUCUGUACACCUAUGAACCAUUGAUCGAGUUAUUUACACACCGUUAUUUUAUUUCAAUACCCUACGAUGAAUGCAAGAGGAGAAGGAGCUCCAGAAAUUACACAGUUCCAGAUCCACCGGGACUCUUCGAUGGCCAUGUCUGGCCAAUGUAUGUGAAGCACAAAAAUAUCAUGGAGGAAAUGAAUGUCACAGUGGAAAAGCUUGAAGGGACAAGUACAAGGGAAGAAUUGUUCAACAGAGUGUAUGGAGAUGUGCUAAACCUGAUAAACAACAAGAGUUAAGUGGCAAAACACGAGUGGCCUUAACACCUGGAGAUGCCUUUUGGAUUAUUAUUUAUAUACCUGUUGCGCUCACUUCAUCUGGAGUUUUAUUUUAUUCUUUUUUUUUAUUAGCAAUAUGUUUUUAACAAUCAGUAAUUUAUAAAUUGACCACAAAGCACUCCACUCAAAUAAACAAUUUCUUCCAAUAGA